AUGGCCCCGGUCAAUAAGUGGCAACAGGAAGCCCCUGACGACAAGAUCAUUAGAUGCUCUUCCAGAGCGGCAUCAAGUUCGUUUACUUCUGGGGGGAAAUGGACUCAAACGACCAAGAGCUGUGGUGCCCAUGGCUUGAACCUGACCGCUGCCAACCGGGCCAUUGUCUUCGACCACUGGUGGCACGAGGGCUUAGAAUGUCAGGCCUUCGCGCGCAUCCAUCGGAUUGGCCAAACAAAAACAGUUCACACUAUAAAAUUAGUUGCCGCGGGAUCGAUGGACGAGACCAUACUAGGGAUGCAAGCGAGGAAGCGGGAGACCAUCGGGUUGGCCGUGGGGGAUGGUACCGCGCGCCCGACGCACGUCGAGGAUGGGGCCAUCGACCAGGAGAUGCUCGACCUGACUAGGUUGGACGACAUUGACGAAGAGAGCGAGGUAGAUGGAGGGAGCGAUGAUGACAGCAGUAGCGACACCGACGCCGACAGCGCGGAUAACUUGAGUGGCGAUGAGGGCGAGGAUGAAGACGACAGCGAUUACGAGGGAGCUUCCGACACAGAUGCUGCCAUUUUGAGCUUCGGCGGGCUUAAAACCCGAUCUGGCACAUCUGGAGAAGCGCAGUAUGAGGAGAGCGAGGACGACAUGGACCUGGGGGAUAAGUGA